CCACACUCAGCACAGCACAACAUCCUCUCACAAAUACCGCGACAGAGAGAUCGAUCGAGCGGAUCCAAGCCAAUGGCAACCAAGAGCCUUCUUCUCGCCGCCCUCCUCGUCCUCGCCGUCAGCAUGGCGCCGCACGGUGCGGAGGCGGGCAAGCAGCUUCCACUGGCAAUCAUCUCCGGCAUAGUGCCAUGCAGCGCCGGGAACUCCAUCAACGUGGCUGCGGUUCCGCCGUUCCCGAACGCCGCCGUGCAGAUGGUGUGCGGCCGUGAUGUGAUGGCCAGCGUGACGGCGGACCGCAGCGGAAUGUACACCAUGAACAUGGGCCCGGCCACCUCGUCGCUGCUCGCCCCUCUGCUCGGUAACCAGUGCAAGGUGGUGGUGGUCACCCCGCUAGCCGCGUGCAACGCGUCCCUGGCCAGCGUCACCGGGACGCUGACCGCACCGGUGCAGCUCCUGGGUAUUGGCAGUGGCAGUGGCAGCGGUAGCGGCAGCGGCGGCCUCGGGGGGCUUGGCGGCCUAAUUGGCCUCAUCGGCCAGAUCGUGGGCGGACUCCUCGGCGGCAUCCUUAAUAUCAUCCCGUUGCCCUUCUCCGUCAUCUAGAUGCUUCUACUACCGGCGUGUCGAUCGAAGACACGACGGACCUAAAUAAAUAAAUACGUACCAACCUACCAAUGCACCCAAUGGUCAACUAUCCUUUAUUAUGCAAAAUCUACUAAUGUUGUAUGUGUUACCGCUGCUAAGAAGCACAUAAGUAAGCAUAUCGUGUAAUACCCUGAGUGUGUGUCGUGUGAUCAAUGUUCGUUUGUGAAAAAUAAAGCUACGUCUGUGAUUCUAUAUGUGUUGAAUUACUUGUUUUUUUA